CGCAAAGUCAACACGACUUCUUCGGUGUCUACUAGACAUUCCUUUGAAUUGUUGAUUUUCGUAUUUCUACAACUCGAAGACACUCCACUUCCUCAGUAUCAUACAUCGCAACCAUGUUAUCGAGGUUCUUCGUCCUCUUGCCCAUGGUGUUGUCCAUGGUGGCCUUUAUCCUCUCAAUGCUCUGCCUUUUUGCUGGUCACAAGGAAGGGUUUAUGGAAGAAUACUCUGUUGCACGGCUCAACACUUCAAUGAUUGGCCAUAACGUUCUCGACACGGACAGCGACGCUUCUUCUAAUGACAACAAUGAAGAUGAUGGCUUCUUUGGCAAGGUCACCGACAAGUGGAACGAAGUUAAGGACGAUGUCAAGGGAAAGAUCAACGACAUCACUGGCGACGUUGCAGACAAGUUGGCCGAUACUAUUGGUAUUUCGGAGUGGUACUCCAUUCAUGUCAUGGCCACAUGUGAUGGACAGUACAAGCCCAAUGCCACGAGCCCUGGUGCUGGAUACAAUGUUACAGAGUGCACCAACUCUGCCCCUGAGAAACGCUUCAACCUCACCGAGAUGCUUGACAAGCAACUGUCCGUCGGUCCCUUCGAGCUGAGUCUUGCUGACAUCAACUGGCCCGAUGACAUCCAAGACUCUAUCGAUCUUCUCAACACGGCUCUCCUCGUUACAUUCGUCCUCUACGUCCUGGCAGUGGGUUUCUCCGGCCUCGCCAUGGUCGCGAGCGCCGGCGCAUUCUUCCUCUUUGCUCGUCGCGGCGUCAACGCCGUCAACGUCAUUCUUUCGGGGCUCGCCGCACUUGUACUCCUUAUCGCCAGCAUUCUCGUCACUGUGGCUGGGAAGAAGGGUGUCAACAAGAUCAACGACAUCGGCGAUGAUGUUGGGCUGUCGGCGUCUAUUGGAAAUAAGUUCCUGGGGCUGACCUGGGCUGCUGCUGCUCUCAUGAUCGUCGCGGCUAUCUACUGGGUCAUGCAUUUGUGUCUUAUGCGACGCGAGAGAAAGAGACAGUGGAAGCCACGAAAGGGGAGCUACUAGAUUUGAUGAGACAUGAUGACUAGACUGAUGAUUGGUUUUUGUUAACCAGAUUGGGCGCGACUAUGAUACCAAAGUGUUUUUACUUUCCUUUUGCAGUUUCAGAAUGAUCCCCUCCUUGAUUUUUUUUUUUAUACAAACAAGAAGAAUGGCACCUCUAGAUAGUCAGAUAGUAAGUAAUGCGAUAGCUGGUCUAUCUAAUCUACACGCAAACGUGUUCGUGUCUGUCAGUCAC